UUUUCCUAUUCAUAUUUGUACUUAUGGAGAAACCUUUCAGUUCUUUUCUCUUAACAGUACUCUUAUUGCUUCAUUAUGUUAUGGCUAGUUCGGCCACUGCUCAUACCAACAUUACAACUGAUCAAUUAUCUCUUCUGUCUUUAAAAUCCCAAAUUAUUUCGGAUCCCUUUCACUUCUUGGAUGAAAGUUGGUCUCCCAAUAUUUGUGUUUGUCAUUGGGCAGGAGUCACUUGUGGUUCUCGUCACCAACGAGUGAAGUCCUUGAAUCUUUCUAACAUGGCUCUUAAAGGCAGGAUUCCCCAUGAAUUUGGAAACCUCUCAUUUCUUGUUUCUCUUGACUUGAGAAGCAACAAUUUCCAGGGAAAUCUGCCCCAAGAAAUUGCACUCUUGCACAGGCUUAAGUUUCUUGAUUUAAGUUUCAACAGCUUCAUAGGGGAGGUUCCUUCUUGGUUUGGGAAUGCCUCUAGGUUGGAGAUUUUUGAUUUUUCUGGAAAUUUACUUCAAGGAGAUAUUCCAGAUGGAAUUGGCAAUCUUCACAACCUGAAGGUCUUGUCCAUACAAGAUAAUCAACUUACGGGUUCUAUACCUCUCACAAUUUUCAAUAUUUCUAGAAUCGAAUUCAUUGCAUUUACAAAAAAUAGCUUAUCAGGAGAUCUUCCCAAUUGUUUGUGCAAUGGUUUCCCAAAACUCAAAGAGCUUCAUCUGUCUUAUAACAGGAUUCAUGGUCAUAUGCCUACAAGCUUGUCAAAUUGUUCACAACUUCAACUUUUGUCGUUAUCAGUAAAUGAGUUUGAUGGACCAAUAUAUAGUGAAAUUGGUAGAUUGAGUAACUUGCAGAAGUUGUAUCUCGGAUAUAACCAUUUCACAGGGAUAAUUCCACAAGAAAUUGGAAAUCUACUUAAUUUGGUGGAUUUACGCAUGGAGAGUAACAAGAUUACUGGCUCUGUCCCAAUCUCCAUUUUCAAUAUUUCAUCGCUGCAAAUUUUGUUACUGUCGAGGAAUAAUCUCAAGGGUUAUUUACCACGGGAGAUUGGCAACUUAACCAAGACGCAGCUACUACAGCUUAAUGAAAAUAAUCUUAGAGGUGAAAUACCCGAAGAGAUAAGCAAGCUCAUGAUGUUGAAGAUACUUGAUCUUGAAUUUAAUAGUUUUAGUUGUCAACUUGAUAUGGACAUCUUCAACAUAUCAGGGCUUAGAGUAAUUUCUCUUUCAAACAAUAAUCUAUCAGGAAGCCUUUCACCAAACAUGUGUUCUAUCUUACCCAACAUUGAAGGACUUUUUCUGGCCUUUACCAAUCUUGUUGGGACUAUACCUCAUUCUCUCUCCAAUUGUUCAAAACAUACAAUUCUUGAGCUUUCACGCAACAAACUCACUGGCUUGAUUCCCAAAUCACUUGGAUAUUUGACACAUCUACAAAUCCUAAACUUGGUGGGAAACAAUUUACGCAGCGACUCAUCAUUAAGCUUGCUGACUUCCUUAACCAAUAACCGAAAUUUAACAGCUCUUUAUCUAUCUUUAAACCCUCUAAAUGGCAUGCUUCCAUCCUCCAUGGGAAACCUUUCCACUUCUUUCAUAAAACUUUACGCAAAAAAUUCCAAAAUCGAAGGGCCAAUUCCAAAUGAAGUUGGGAACUUAAGCAGCUUAUUAGACCUUGAUCUUUCUGGAAAUAACUUGGUCGGAUUGAUUCCAUCAUCAAUUGGCAACUUGAGAGGCCUUCAGAGGAUCAACUUGAGUAGCAACAAAUUUACAGGAUUUAUUGGAGAUCAUAUAUGUAAAUUGCAGCAUUUGGGUGCUAUUUACUUCAGUCAAAAUCAACUUUCAGGAUCUCUUCCGCAUUGUUUGGGGAAUGUUACUUCUCUUAGGGAGAUACAUCUCAGUUCCAAUAAAUUGAGUUCCAAUAUACCACCAAGAUUAGGGAACCUUCAAGAUCUAGUGGUUCAUGACUUAUCAUCAAACAACAUGGUAGGUUCUUUACCUCAAGAAAUUGGAAAUCUAAAGGCUGUAACAAAGAUGGAUCUGUCGAUGAAUCAAUUUUCAAAUGAAAUUCCUAGAGAAAUUACAGGCUUGCAAACUUUGGCAUAUCUUUCUUUGAGACACAACAAUUUGCAAGGAGCUAUACCUGACUCAAUGAGCAACAUGGUAGGUUUGGAAUUCCUAGACCUUUCUCACAAUAAUAUAUCUGGAAUCAUUCCCAUGUCUUUGGUGAAACUUCAAUACCUCAAGUAUUUCAAUGUUUCAGACAACCAAUUGUACGGUGAAAUACCCUCGGGGGGUCCUUUCAAGAAGCUCUCGAGUCAGUUUUUCAUCUACAAUGAAGCAUUGUGUGGUUCUUCAAGAUUUAAUGUCCCGCCAUGCCCCACUUCCUCGAAGAACAGAUCAAAUAGGGAAAAAAUGCUGGUACUUUUUCUUUUGCUCUCAAUUGCAGUUGUAUUUCCUCCUUUGACCUUUGUGCUCCUAUGGAUAAGGUAUAGAAGAGGUAAAAGUGCUCCUCAGCAAGCUAAUUCAUUGUCUACUGUAGCAAUAGAAAGGAUUUCAUACUAUGAAAUUCUCCGAGCAACUAAUGCGCUUAGUGAGAGUAAUCUGAUUGGUUCCGGAAGUUUUGGCUCAGUUUACCAAGGCGUUCUCAGAAGUGGAACUAUCAUUGCAGUUAAAGUGUUCAACCUGCAACUGGAUGCGGCAUUGAAGAGUUUUGAUUCGGAAUGUGAAGUUUUACGUAGCCUUCGCCACAGGAAUCUCGUAAAGGUCAUUACUAGUUGUUCCAAUCUUGAUUUCAAGGCUUUAGUUCUUGAUUAUAUGCCUAAUGGGAGUCUUGAGAAGCACUUGUAUUCGCACAACUACUUCUUCGACAUCAGGCGGAGGCUAAGCAUAAUGAUGGAUGUGGCAUGUGCUUUGGAGUAUCUUCACCAUGGGUGCUCGUUGCCUGUGAUUCACUGCGACGUGAAGCCUAGUAAUGUCUUGCUGGAUGAAUAUAUGGUUGCACACCUCAGCGACUUUGGCAUUUCAAAACUUCUUGGUGAAGAUCAGGGUGAUUUGUACACUAAAACCUUCGCAACAUUGGGGUAUAUUGCGCCAGAGUAUGGACUGGAUGGACUAGUAUCAACAAAGUGUGACGUCUAUAGUUAUGGGGUCAUGUUGCUGGAAACGUUUACCAGGAGAAAGCCUACUGAGUUUGAGGGAGAUCUUAGCUUGAAGCAAUAGGUGAGUUAUUCACUCCCAGAAUCAGUAAUGGACAUUGUAGACGUCAACUUGGUAACACCAAAGGGUAAUCUCUUACAGAAGGAGCUAGAUGUUGUGGCAUCAAUUAUGAAAGUAGCAUUAGAUUGUUGUGCUGAAUCUCCGGUAAGAAGGACUAACAUGAAAGAUGUUGUAGGGAUGCUGCAGAAGAUCAAUAUUCAACUUCUUUCAUGUUGAGCAUGUUGCUGGAAUCUGUUGUUCCAAAUCACUUGUUUGUUUCAAUUUUUUUCUAAGUUGUUGCUGUAGCAUUGGGAUUGCUGUUUUGUUUUAACACUUGGUUUGUGCAUGAUUCUGGUUUUAGAAAUGGUAGAUGGUUGCUAUGAAUCUCACUAAACUGAAGCGGAAUGAAUUUGUUUUAAAUUGUUAGAGGAA